CAGGAGACUCAAGGCAGGAAUUAAAACCGCUUGUCGAGUCGUUGAUGGUACCUCGUCGCAGAGUAGCCUAGAUCCCAAGUCCUUGUCUCGUUUCUAUUUUGCACAAUUAUCCCAUUCGUUGCGGACUAAAUGCACAAUUUGCUGGCCGGAUUAUUCUCUAGGCUGUACAUUGGAUUGUAUCCUGCGGUAUGUAGUUAGCUUGUUGGCUAACAGGCUACCCGGCUUUGCGCCAGGAGUGAAGACCAAUCAAUCACCGGAUACCUUCACCGCUAGUUUGUGUGUACUGUGUGGUGCUGCUGAGGCAAGGGGAAAACGCAGCGGUCACCGGUGGCUGGAUCUUGUGGCGUGAGCACUAAUGCAGUCUAGCCAGCACGGCGAUUCCCAGUCACCGGUGUUAAAACGCGGUGUGUAAAACACUCGGGCCAUCUUCGAGCCAGAUUAUAAUAGAUAGGUCGCCAGCUCAAUAGCGGGACAAGUGCAACGCAAAGAUGUUGCAAGUGCUGGCUUGCGGCGUCGUAGUGUUUCCAGGUCUCUUCUUCGUCUUUCGGAAAGUACUACCGUCCAUUUUCAAACAGUGGACAGAUGCCGACGUUGUACUGGUCAGCGAGAGGCUGGUGUCCUCCAUCCACGCUGUCAUGGCAACCACAGCGGGCGUCAUUGUGGUGUCCGGGUGCAGCAACAACGUCCUGACUGACAGGCACUGGUUGACCACCUACUUUGUGAUCUGGUACGGUGUGCCCUACAUGGCCUAUGACAUCUACGCCAUGUACCUCAGCCACUACCACCGCUUCCGGGUCAAAGGGCACGAGGAGUACAAGGAACAUUCUCUGAGGACGGUCAACACCUUUGUCCGGCGAGAAUUCCUGCUGGUCCUCCAUCACAUCGCUCUGCUCACCAUCCUGCUGCCUGUCACUCUGUUCCUCAGGAGGGAGCAGGGGGAUUACUUUAUCGGGUGCCUCUUUCUGACGGAGCUGAGCACCCCCUUUGUCUCCCUGGGGAAGAUCCUUAUCCAGCUGGGGCUGCAGGACUGCUCAGUCCACAAGGCCAACGGCGGGAUGGUCCUGCUCAGCUUCUUUGUGUGUCGGAUCGCUCUGUUCCCCUACAUGUACUGGGUGUACGGCCGCCAUUAUGGCGUCCCGGUGUACGGAGUCCCCUUCCACCUGCCGCUGUCCGUCAACCUGGGCAGCCUGUGCAUCAUGGCGCCACAGGUGUACUGGUUCGUACUGCUAUGCCGUAAGGGCUACCGGCUCUACCAGCGCAACCGGCAGGCUGCCCUGCACUGCCCGGCACCCGCCUCUCCCCCCAGCCUCACGGACAAGGCCACAGGCGACCAGUAGAGAGGCGCUCUGCUCCACCACGCAAACAACCGACGACUACUACUGCUAAUACCCCAGUCCCCCAGAGGAAUACUACUGCUACUGCUACUAUUGUUACUACUAUAACUACACUAGUACUGCUCCUGUUCCACCCCCAUUUUCCAUCUGCUGAGUUACCCACCUCCCCCUCCUUUCCUAUUCCUAAGCCCAGCACUACUGGUGAUUGAUGACUCCGCCCCGGGGCGGAUCUUGAUUGGAUGUUACUCUUGAUUUCUACGGCAACCACCUGGGAGACCCUUUAAAGAUGAAGGACAAGGAGAGAAAUGGAUGAGGAGGCCUCCUUGUUUCCAUAGCUCCCACGGAGGGACUACCCUUCUCUCUCCCUCUCUCCCUCUCUCCCUCUCUGUCUCUCUCUCUCUCUCUCUCUCCCUCUCUCUCUCUCUCUCUCUCUCUCUGCAGGGGCUCUGGGUUACAGUGAGGAUGAAUGAAUGCUCUGUCGGGGUUUGUUGAUGUUUUGUGUUGUUUUCUGAAGAGUGUUUAAAGUUGUGAAGGGGUUUAGGGUUGGUCCAGUCCUGUGAAGGGUUAGUUUACAGACCCAGGAGUGCAGGUGGGACCUGCUCCGGCUUAGCUUCACUAAACCCAGAGAAUGUGAUGAUGGAACCACCGCCCUGGUCUCCUCCUCCAUCACCCCUCCCAUCGCCUGUUCCCUUCCCUCGUCACGCCUGUCGUCAUGGUGAUGAGGAUGCCGCAGUGUCCCAGUCUUGGUCACAAACCUGGCCCCGCCCCUCACGUCAGUGGCCCCGCCCCUCACACCAGUAGCCCCGCUCCUGAAGGGGGGGACGCGGUCUCGUUAGGUAGUUGUUCCUCCAGGCCAGCGGAGGGCGAUGAAGCUCAGUCUGUUACCAUGCGGGACUUCACUUCACCAGCACUGCAGGGAAAGGGUUUGACCCCAUCCUGAUCACCAUGGUAACAGGCAUGGCUGCCAGGUGCUUUACACACACUCUUACUGUCAUGGCAACCACAUACAGGUCAAGUUUAUGGGUAUGGGGUUACUACAGGUCAAGGGGGUGGGGUUACUAUAGGUCAAG